UUUGGGUGUCAUUUAGAUUUGAGGAAAACAGGAAUCUAAAAUGAUAGAUUACAGACAUACUUCUAUAAUAAAUAGGCUUCUUCUAUUAUCAUUCAUGUCUUCGACAUUAAGUCUUCUUCUUCUUCUUCUUCUUCUUUCCCCUCUUCUUUUGUCCCGUAAAGUCGUCCUUUUUCUUCUUCCGAGAGAAGGCAAAGAAAAAAAAGAGGAUGAAAGGAUAAAGAACUGGCUGGAUUGGGGGUAGGGAAGCAAGCUGACAUGGGAAGCAGCAAGCUGCGGUGGAAGCUCUCCUUCCGCCGUCCCCCCGCCGCCGCCGCCUCCUCGCCGUCGCACUCCGCUUCGUCUUCGCCUUCCUUCACGACGGAGAUGCCGGUGGAGUUCCUCUGCCCCAUCUCCCGCUCCAUCAUGGCUGACCCCGUCAUCGUCCCCUCCGGCCACACCUUCGAGCGCAGCUGCAUCCAGGGCUGCCUCGACCUCGCCUUCCCCCCGCCAGGCCUCCCCCUUGACCUCCAACUUCCCUUCUCCUCGCCGGCAGCGGCGCCGCAACUCCUCCUCAUCCCCAACGCUGCCCUCAAGUCCGCCAUCUUCGCCUGGUGCGCCCGCUGCGGCCUGCCCCCUCCUCACCCCGUCCCGACCGAAGCUGCCCUCGCCCUCGUCCGCUGUCUUAUGCCCCGAGAUCGAUCUACUCCUCCUUCUGCCAUUGUCCCAGCCGCCACAGCAACGCCCUCUGAUGGCGGAAAAGACGAAAAUGAUGGAGCCUGCAAUGGAGGUAAAGGUGAGGAUGUGCGAGCUUCCGAGUUCUUCGAAGGCGGAAAGAGUCAGAAAGAUGACGUUUUGGCUUCGGAAUCGGAAGUGACGCUCAUCAUUCCUCCCUCUCCCUUCGAGCGAGAGCGGGAGAAGAACAAAUGUUCCAGCUCUUCGACGGUGUCUACUCCGUCGUCGUCCUCUUGUCACUCAUCGUCUUCCUAUUCUUCUUCUGAGAUCGUCGUCGUCGUCGUCGAUGAAAGGCUGGAUCGGGAGCGAAUUCCAAGCGUCGCCAAUUCGCCAUCGCUGAGGACGACCGAUGCGAUGGAAGAGAUCUUGAUCAGGUUGAGAGAUUUGGACGCCGGGCAGCAGGAAUCCGCCGCGGCAGCCCUCCGUAAGGCCACGAGGGAGAGCCGCGACCGGCGCGUCGCCCUCUGCACCCCGCGCCUCCUCGGCGCUCUACGCCCCGUGCUCCUCUCGCCCUGCGCCGCCGUCCAGAUCAAUGCCGCCGCGGCAAUUGUGAACCUAUCGCUGGAACCGGUGAAUAAAGUUAGGAUUUUGAGGUCAGGCAUGGUGCCAGCGCUCGUCGAGGUGCUCCGACGCGGCCACCCGGAGGCCCGCGACCACGCCGCCGGUGCCCUUUUCGGCCUCGCCCUCGAGGAGGAGAACCGCGCCGCGAUCGGCGUACUGGGGGCCAUCUCGCCGCUCCUCAACAUGUUCGCCGGUCCCUCCGCCGACGGUCCCCGCGCCCGCCGCGACGCUGGGUUGGCGCUCUACCACCUCUCCCUCGCCGUUGCCAACCGGUCAAAAAUCGCGCGCACUCCCGGAGCAUCGCACGCGCUGCUCGCGGUGGCGGCAGAGAGGGACGAGGAGGAUGCAGCCGCUCCGGGGGAGCAGGGGCAGGGCCUGGGGCCAGCGACGAUAGCGGUGAUGGUGAUCCACAACCUGGCCGGGUGCAACGAGGGGCGCGCGGCGCUGAUGGGUGCAGGCGCGGUGACCGCGCUGGUGAGGCUGAUCAAGGGACCGCCACUGACGGCGGCGGAGGAGGAAUGCGUGGCGGCUCUGUACUGGAUGAGCCAGGGGAGCCUGCGGUUCCGUUGUCUGGCAAAGGCUGCGGGGGCGGAACAGGUGCUGAUGAAGGUGGCGACGGAGGGCGGAGGAGGAGGACCCCUGCGGGAGAUGGCGAGGAGGGCGGUGAGGGCGAUGCGGAGGGAGGAAGACGACGAGGUGGCAGUGGUGGCCCACGGGUUCGGGGCGGAGGCGGACGGUAGCAGCGCCGUAUCGGACGGGCUGAUAUCGUUUCGGUGGCGUCGCAACGGCUUCGGUGGCAGACCGGGUGGCAUCAAGUCGGCCAAGUUCUGAAACGAGUCAACUCAGCAACGCAUGUUCAGUUAAGAGUUUGCGUCUUGUCU